AUGGCAUCUUUGAAACAAUUCGAGGCGAGCGAAGUAGCAGCUCACAACACAAAAAACGAUCUUUUUGUCAUCAUUCAUGGAAAAGUGUACGACAUCACAGACUAUGUGCGAGACCAUCCCGGUGGUGCGGAUUUGUUGGUAGAUGUCGCCGGUACAGAUGCAACAGUUGCGUUUGAGGAUGUCGGUCACUCAGAGGAUGCAUCUGAGAUCCUGGACACAUACUUGGUCGGCAACAUCAAGGAUGCGCACGAAUUUGUCCAACCCAAAAAGGUCGUUCGUGUAAUCAAGCCAAUCUCUUCCGUUGCGGAGACACCUAAGAAGUCAUCAAUCACCCUCAAAACAGCGAGCACAAUUACUGCCACAUUUGCUGCAACUGCACUGGUUUACGUCUGUUCGAAGAAUCACCGAACCCUGGCCGACUUCUGCACUAAGCACUCCCCGGCGUCCCUACGGAUCUCCGAGGUGCGUGUUCCAUUCGGAAACAUUCUGCGUGGUGGAUUCUUCAGUGGAGUCACUGCUGCCACUCUGGCUUGCGCGACUAUUGGCGGUGUUAUUGGAAACCAACUCUCAAAGUUCACCAAAGUCGACUCUGGUUUCACCAAGUACCCUCCCCACAUGAAAGCAUCGACAAUCAAGAAGCAAGACCCGCAUCUUGUGAAGGGUUUCCUAGAGCCCAAAGUCUACAAAAAACUCCCGCUCGUCCAAAAAGAUCAACUUUCGCCCAAUGUGUACCGCUUCGUAUUUCAAUUAGCCAAUCCACGGGAUGUGAUUGGACUCCCAAUCGGCCAGCAUGUUGCUAUCAAAGCCAUGGUCAACGGAGCUGCUGUCUCAAGAUCUUAUACUCCGACAUCCAAUAACCUGGAUUUUGGAAAACUGGAGCUAGUCAUCAAAUGCUACCCAGAUGGCAUUCUCACAGGCCAAUACCUUGAGUCCCUAGAAGUCGGCGACAAAGUGGAAUUCCGGGGCCCGAAAGGCGGGAUGAAAUAUCACAAUGGUCUCUGCAAGAAAAUUGGUAUGAUUGCCGGUGGAACCGGAAUCACCCCGAUGUACCAACUUAUCCGGGCGAUUUGUGAAGAUGAUCGUGAUACGACUGAAAUCAGUCUGAUCUACGCCAACCGGACUGAAGAGGAUAUUCUUCUUCGUCGCGAAUUGGAAGCCUUUGCGCGAGGAUAUCCCAAGAACUUCAAGCUCUGGUACAUGCUUGACCAUCCCGAUGAGAAUUGGAAAUACGGAAAGGGAUACGUUACCGCAGAAGUCAUGGCUGCUAGAUUGCCUGGUCCAGCAUCUGAUACUAAGAUCAUGCUUUGUGGACCACCAGGUAUGGUGAAUGCUUCAAAGAAGAGUUUGGUGGCUGCGGGCUUCACAGCUCCUAGUGCUGUCGGAAAGAUGACCGAUCAGAUCUUCUGCUUCUAG